AUGACUAUCCUCUACGACGCGGUCCACUACUAUCUGGUAGACCACCCCGUAAUCAGCCAAUACGAGUGGAGACCCGGCCAAUCCCCCGGCGCCACACCUCUCUUCCUCUCCACCACCGUGUGCACCUACCUCACCCUAACCCUCCUCCUCCGUCAAUUCCCCAUCCUCCCUGCCCUCCCCACCGCCGCCCUCCGCGCCGCCGCCGCCGCCCACAACACCGUCCUCUGCCUCCUCUCCCUCGUCAUGGCCGCCGGCGCCGCCCUCUCCGCCCUCCACCAGACCCCGCCCGACAACCCCGCGUGGCCCCUCUGCUUCCCCUUAAAUAUUCCCUCCAAAACCGCGGGGCCCACCUUCUUCUGGGCCCACGUCUUCUACUUCUCCAAGAUCCUGGAGUUCGCCGACACACUCCUCAUCCUCCUGCGCGGGGCCCGCCGCCGCCUCUCCUUCCUCCACGUGUACCACCACGCGGCCGUCGUGGGGAUGUGCUACGCGUGGCUGUCCGCGCCCCAGUCGCUGUUCCCCGUCGGGAUUGUGACGAAUUCGGCCGUGCACGUGGUGAUGUACGGCUAUUAUCUGCUGGCGGCGCUCGGAUUCCGGCCGCCGUGGAAGAAGGCGGUGACCAACUGCCAGAUCGCGCAGUUUCUCUUCGGCUACGUUAUCUCGGGCGUCACGCUGUAUUUGCAUGUUAAAGGGCCGGGAUGCGCCGGGAUGUGGUCGUGGGUUCUCAACAUGAUGUUUGUAACGUCACUUUUGGUGCUGUUUCUCAACUUUCAUCGGAAGAACUAUGGUGGCCGGAGAUUGGGGUCGGCGGUUGAGAAGAAUAAGCGGAUUUGA